CAAAACCCUAGUUUUUCAAGUAAAACCUAGAAGACGCAGACGUCUCAUCUUCCUCAUCAUCUCAGCCUCUAAUCCUCUAAUUUUCCAGGAAAAUAAUGUCAGGUGAGGAUGCCGCCGUCGCCGUUGAGACUCCGGCUCAGCCUCUUGGCGAGGCCAUGGACUUGAUGACUGCAUUGCAGCUAGUCCUCAGAAAAUCUCUUGCUCAUGGUGGGCUUGUUCGAGGUCUUCAUGAAGGUGCCAAAGUGAUCGAAAAGCAUGCUGCCCAACUCUGUGUAUUGGCUGAGGAUUGCAACCAGCCGGACUAUAUCAAGCUCGUCAAAGGGCUUUGUGCUGACCAUGGUGUUGGCCUCUUAACAGUUCCCAGUGCUAAAACUCUCGGCGAGUGGGUUGGUCUGUGCAAGAUUGAUACUGAAGGCAAGGCUAGGAAGGUAGUGGGUUGUUCAUGUGCCGUAGUUCAGGAUUAUGGCGAGGAGAGUGAAGGUCUCAAUGUUGUCCAGCAACAUGUUAAGUCUCACUGAGUAGCAGGGGAUACGUUUAUUGGGCUGAAUUGAAAAUUUAUACAAGUAGAGACCUUUUGUUGUUUUCAUGUACCCUCAUCUUUUGGGGGUAUUGAGUGUUUGCUAGCUUCAGUUAAUUGCAACUGGAUUGUUCCUUGCUAUUGUGGUUGAACCAAUUUUCUUGAUAUAUGACAUGCUGCAUUAGCACGA